AUGAUGAAUGACCCCACUAUGUUGCAACAAAUGUCAAGCAAUCCUAUGCUUUUAAACCGAGUCAUUGGUGCACAGAGUGGAGGUUUAAGAGCGGCACUUUUAGCGAAAAUGGCAGGCUAUGGUGGAGCUGCAGACGGAACAGCCUAUAACCCUCAAAGUCAAAUGAAUUUGAGUUCACUCAAAAAUCAAAUAACAGAUGUCAAAAAGUCAAACAUAGACAUACAGAAGCAAAUAAGUGAAAACGAAAAGAAACUAGAAUAUGACAGACACACAAAGAAACUCAAUGAGUUAAACGUAGAGAAAAAGAAGAAAGAAGAACAACUGAAAGAACUAAGUACAGAGGAAUAUGCGAAAAAAGUGUCAGAAAAAGCAGCAGAAGUAGCAAAAAUGGAACAAGAUGUUUUAAAUUUGAAAAACCAUACUACUCAAUAUAAAGUACUGAAAGAUGAAGAGAUAAAACAAAAAGCCCUGAAGACAUAUAUGGAUAGCAAUGAGUAUAAAAAAGAAGUUGAAGCAAAUGUAAAGGCAGAAAAACUUUUACAGUUGCAAAACCAAACCGUACAGUAUGAAAACUUAGCACAAGAAAGUAAAAAUAACGACGCAGCCAUGCAAAAGGCAAUGAAAAGCGCAGAAUAUAUAAAAGCUAACAAUGACUGGUUAGAUGCCCAAGCCAACGCUAAAGCAGCCCAACUUAUAGGGUCAAUAAGGACAAAAAUACAAGCGGAUGAAGACAGUUCAAAUGAAGCUUUAACAAAUGCUGACUUUAAGAACGCCUUCGAAGCUCUUCAUAGUAAGGUGAAACUAGUGAACGACUUCUCAUCUGGAAAGAAACUGAAGUCUGAAGGUUUCGACAAAGAGUUAAAAGAAGUAGCACAAAAUAUGACGAAAAUAACAGAUGCAGCAACGAGACAGGCAGUUCAAAGUGCCUAUGACGCCGUUAGAGCAACUGUUGUGGAAAGUCAAGAAAAAGA